AUGAGCGACGACGAAGAGGGUGGUUACAACACCAUCACCCACACCGAGACGGGCAGGGGCGUCAAGCUGCUUUUUUCCAAGAGCAAGGUAUAUGUCCAUCCCACCCCCUCGGCCAAGGACAACAUCCCUGGGUACAUCGCCCUGCUGCAGCAGAAGCCCUCCAAGAAUGGCCGCCCCACGUCGCAAGACUCCCAUGAGCCUCCGUCGCCUGCCUCGUCGGACCUCCUCCUGGCCUGGGUGCCCGAGUCGUCGCUCGGGGACUCGGCCAGCGUAUACGUCAAGGUCGACCUGUCCGACGCCGAGUCGCCCCCGAAGCAGUCGUACCUCGUCCCGCCUCCGCCCACGGUCACGACGCACAGCGGCUCCGUUGGCGGAUAUGCCUUUGCCAUCCCCAUGAGCGCUGUGUACUCGCUCCUUGUGCGCCCGCCCAGCGUGGGCUGGUGGUACGGCUCCAUCAUCAUCAACUCCCGCGCCGGCGAUAGCUUCCCCGCACUGUUCUUCCACGACAACGAAUGCCAGAGUACCAUCCUGCAAAAGAAGAAGCUAGCGAGAGACAAUUUCGAUCCAUUUGGCGAGAGCGGACAGAUGUUCUGGGGCGCCGAUGAGGUCCUUCGAUGGCUGCGGCGGUACAUCAAGAUCGAGAGGUCCGGAGCCGAGCCCAAUGUCUACCUCAUUGAGCCCAGCGCAGAGGACUUGAUGUCCUUUGGUGGCAAGCCCACCACGAGCACCGCCGGUCAGGGCAGUGCGCGGGCAUCCGGGAGUCGAGACGCAGAGAUGGACCCGUUUGUCAAGUUUGUCAAGGAGACGGGCUGGAACAUUAUGAACCAGUUCAGCAAAGUUACGACAUUCACGAGGAGGGCAGCCCAGGACUUCGCCGAAAACUCCAACAUGCCACCCAAGGUCAAGAGGCUGCUCCGGAACCCCGAGGUUCAGACAUUGCAGGACGAAUUCGACAGUGCGCGCAUCUACCUGGCUCGUUGGGCUAUGGGCAUUGCAGAGCAGAGCGAGCGUGAUAGAAGGGGCCGGAUAUGGACUGUGCGAGAUGUCAUGGAGCUUGAAGAUACCGACGUCGGCGAGUUUGAGCUGCUCGAGUCCACCAGCGGGCUGUCUAUCGAAGAACGCCGGAAACCAGUCACCAUGGAAGAAUGGAGCGGCUACUUUGACCCCGAGACGGGCCGACUGUCCUUGACAGUGGAUGAAGUCAAGGAGCGUAUCUUUCAUGGCGGGCUCGACCCCGACGACGGUGUCCGCAAAGAGGCGUGGCUGUUCCUUCUCGGCGUGUACGAGUGGUACGGCACGAUCGACGAAAGGAAAGCCCAGAUCGCAUCCCUGAGAGAUCACUACUAUAGACUCAAGCAUUCGUGGUGGGAGAGGCUCGACGGCGAAGGGGGCGAGGGCGAGACGGGCGAGUGGUGGCGCGAGCAGAGGGGUCGCAUCGAGAAGGACGUCCACCGGACGGACCGCAACGUGCCAAUAUUCCAGGGCGAAGACACGCCACAUCCGGAUCCAAACUCCCCAUUUGCCGAAGUCGGAACCAACGUACACCUUGAGCAGAUGAAGGAGAUGCUUCUGACGUACAACGAGUACAACAAGGAUCUCGGCUACGUGCAAGGCAUGUCAGACCUUCUGGCGCCAAUUUACGCCGUCAUUCAGGACGACGCCAUCGCCUUCUGGGGCUUCCAAAAGUUCAUGGAGCGUAUGGAGCGCAACUUCCUCCGCGACCAGUCGGGCAUGCGGGCUCAGCUUCUUGCCCUCGAUCAGCUUGUCAACUUCAUGGACCCCAAGCUGUGGAAUCACUUGCAGAGCGCCGACAGCACCAACUUUUUCUUCUUCUUCCGCAUGAUCCUCGUCUGGUACAAGCGUGAGUUUGCAUGGAUGGAUGUGCUGCGCCUGUGGGAGGGCUUGUGGACCGACUACCUCAGCGCCGAGUUUCAUCUGUUCGUCGCCCUGGCCAUACUGGAGAAGCACAGGGAUGUCAUCAUGGAGCAUCUCAAAGCAUUCGACGAGGUGCUCAAAUAUGUCAACGAGUUGUCCAACACCAUCGACCUCGAGUCAACACUCAUCCGCGCCGAGGCCCUCUUCCGCAAGUUCCAGCGCCUCGUCGAGGCCAUUGACAAGAAGCAAAACUUCCCCGCCCCUCGCCCCGCCGGCUCCGACAGCCCGACCUCCGCGAAGCCGCUGCCGGCCCCGUCCUCACCAUCGUCGGGAUCCGCGCCGACGCCAGGCAACAACAACACGCCCGCCGCGUCCGCGAACAAGGGCAAGGCCACCGACAAGCCUCAGCAAAAGGUCAUCACGCCGGAGCUGCGCAAGCUGCUGAGCAGGAAGGUGGAGGUGCUGCCGCGCAAGACGGUCGCCCAGAAGGGGGACGGCAUGCCGGCGAAGUGA